GCCGGUUCCUCCGAUCCUUCUUCUUCUUCUUCACCAUAGCUUCCAUAGGACACUGAGCUCUGAACUCUAGGGGCCGAAGCCAUGGGAUCGCUCGAGAACCUAGUGACCCAAAUCCAAGGCUUCUCCGGCAGCGUCGAGGACAUCGCUCACCUGCACAACAUCCUGAGGCUGGCCGACGAGUCGCUCCACUCCGAGUCCGGCGUGCUCAGCUCCGUCCUCGACCAGGUCGACCCCGCCAAGCACUCCCUCGGCUACCUCUACAUCCUAGAGGCCUUCACGUCCGGUCCAGUCUCAAAAGAGCAGGCCCUUACCCUCGUUCCGAUUCUCGCCAGAUUUAUUCAUUGCUGUGAUGCGCAACAGAUUCGUUUGGCACCUGAUAAAUUUGUCUCUGUCUGCAAAAGGUUCAAGGAUCAUGUUUUGUUGAUUGAAUCCCCACUGCGUGGCGUUUCUCCGAUGCGCACAGCUGUCCGAAAGCUUCAGACUACCUCCGAACACUUGACUACCUUACACCCAGAUUUUCUCCUUCUUUGUUUAUUGUCCAAGAGCUAUAAAAUCGGUCUAUCAGUUUUGGAGGAUGAUAUAUUUGAUGUUGAUCAGCCAAGGGACCUUUUCUUAUACUGUUAUUACGGAGGUAUGAUAUGCAUAGGUCAAAAGCGUUUUCGAAAAGCAUUGGAGCUUCUGCACAAUGUGGUUACUGCUCCAAUGAACAUAAUCAAUGCUAUCGCCGUUGAAGCGUAUAAAAAGUACAUACUGGUUUCACUAAUACAUUAUGGGCAGUUCUCAACUAGUCUUCCCAAGUACGCUUCUUCAGCAGCUCAAAGGAACUUAAAAAACUUCUGCCAGCCCUAUAUAGAGUUAGCAACUACUUAUAGCUCGGGGAAAAUUGCGGAGUUGGAGGCAUAUGUUCUUACAAAUAGGGAGAAAUUUGAUAAUGACAAAAACCUAGGUCUGGUUAAGCAAGUUGUAUCUUCCAUGUACAAGCAUAACAUCCAGAGGCUGACUCAAACAUACUUGACUCUCUCACUUCAAGAUAUAGCCAACACAGUGCAAUUGGGUAGCCCAAAGGAGGCAGAAAUGCAUGUUCUGCAAAUGAUUCAAGAUGGUGAGAUCUUUGCAACCAUUAAUCAAAAGGAUGGAAUGGUUAGGUUCUUGGAGGAUCCUGAACAGUAUAAAACCUGCGAGAUGAUUGAACACAUCGACUCCUCAAUCCAGAGGAUAAUGACACUGUCCAGGAAACUGAAUGCUAUGGAUGAGCUAAUGUCAUAUGAUCCUCUAUACCUAACCAAGGUUGGGAGGGAGCGACAGAGAUUUGACUUUGAUGACUUCGAUACGGUUCCCCAGAAAUUUCCUAUGUGAAGAUGCAUAUGGGACGAAAAUGUUAAAUCCGUUUAAAAAUCGACCUCCUCCCAUUGUACGACCGGCUCAAUUUGCUUCUGAUUGAGAUAGAAGAAGCAAAUAUCUGUAAUGAAAAUUCUCAGAGUCAUGAAAUUAGAAGCAAGUUGAGUUUUUUUCA